AUGUCGGAGGAAGCACAAGAGGCGUUGUCCCAACUGGGAGACCGCCUAGGUCUGGAGGCCAGCGACACAGAAAAGAUUUUCCACGGUGUCGUUGAGGAACGGCUCAGGGAAAUGAUGAUUCCUGUACGAGAUGCCUGGGAAGAGGCUACUUACACGAAAGAGGCACUUCUGCAGCUUAACAAGGAGCGUGGCAAGGAUCUCGGAGAUGACCCGACAGCCGACGGCACCGGAGCCGAGCUUGGCAUUAAGGACAGUCCUCCUUUGGAAGGCGUGCGUGGCUUCAAGCUCAUGGAGGAACUCACGAAGGUGGCGGACUUCUACAAGAACAACAAGGUCCUGAAGGAUGAUGCUGUGGACAGCUCCUCAGAAGACGAGGAUGCGUGGGCAGCUGCGUAUCCUGUCCAAGUCGGUAAGUGGAUUGAGGACAAGAACAAGGAGGAGAUGUACGGCAUCUUCGUGUGGAAUGCGAUCACAUGCCAGGACACCGCCGCACGGGACAAGUGGACUGCAGCGAAGGCGGUGAUUGGUGGUAUUCUGGGGCUCAGCCCGAAGGUGCAGCAAAAGGUGCUGGUUCGAAUGGUGUCAAGAUGGUGCAACAUGUUCAUCAAGAGCAAGGUGCAGGAGCAAGGGGAGCUCAAAAAGGACGACGUUUCCAUGCUCACGGAUUGGGCACCCAUGUUCUUCGGAAUAGAGAAAGAUGUGACCAUGGACAUGGUCCAGGCUGCCAACAAGAGCCUGCUUCAGAACAAGGUGCUGAAGAUUCUGAACAAGCCUUCGGUGACACCGGAGGAUCUGAGCAAGCUUCGAGCCGAAGUGGACGAAUGGGACCUGGAAGUGGCCAAAGACUUGGAGCUUUCUAGACCUCAACUCCGGUCACUGUUCAGGGUAGAGGUUGCAUCGGUGGUCGAGGAUCCCGAUCUCAGCGACGAGCAGAAGGUGGAUGGCAUUGAAGCCUCCAGAGAGGCAUUUGGCCUCGCGGAGAAGGAGGCCAUGUCGGAGAUGCAAGAUUUGAUCAAGAGCCGAUGUCGAUCCUGCUUGGUCAACGCUUCGGGAGACUUGUUGCAGGAGAACGAGGCUGCUGCAGUUGAUCAGAUGCAAAGGUUGGAGUUGUUAGCGGCUUUUGGCCUGUCAACUGGUGUCGAGUUUCAAGAUGAUUGGGAAGUGGCGCCUGCCAUGAGGCAGAAGCUGGUGAAGACCUAUGCGGCCGGCUCCAAAGGCCGAACCCCGGACACAAGGAUGCUGGAGCGCGUGCUCAGUCUGGUCCAUGCCUGA